AUGGCUCCGGCGGAUGUUGACGCGAUUCUCGCGUCAGUGCUUCUCCUUAUUGGGUUCGAGCUCAUUGACUCCGGGCGAGGCAGCUGGAUAUUCCACAUCAAUGGUGCGAGGACAAUCAUUGAGAAGCUGGUCGCGUCUGCCGUAGCAACCGAGACGACUUUGAGCCCGCUCCGCCGAUGGUUGAUGUCAAAUUGCUUGGUCGGUGGGUUAUCGACGACUACCAUGUCACUGCUUCAGGAUGCAGAAGGCAAUCAUUGCUCGUCAUUUCCGGCAGCCCUCCUUUCUGUCAUGCAGGCAGGGGCUCAGCUCUUAAAGAUGAACGAAGACUUUACGUCUCCGGAUACCUUGGCCGAUUCGCGACGAUACGGUGCCUUUCAUCUCUUACAUGCUGCAAAGUCAUUCGACCCCGCUGUUUGGGCCAUCAAUCUCCAGCCACGCUCACCGGCCGACGAUCUCUUCCAUCGGACUGAAAUUGCCUCUGCACACAAGGCAGCUGUGUGUGUCUAUCUGUCGCGUAUCAUUCUUGCUCUAUGGCCCAGCACAGCGUUGCCGGAUGAUUUGGAAACCCUAGCAGCCGAAAUCAUCGUCCACCUUUCAUGUAUGCAACCCAGAGAUGCAUUAUUCACAGCAACGGCGUGGCCGGCUUUCAUUGCUGGCCUGGAAACGGCUGACCUCACCAACCGUGCUUGGGUGGUGAGAAGGUUCCAGGAGCUCUGGGAGCUGGAGGCUUGGGGACUCACCAGAGAGGCCCUCGGAGCAUUGACGACAAUUUGGGAUGAGAGAAAGAAUGAGAAUACUACCGAGAGCGGAAAUAACAUGCUCGAUCUACAGGAAGAGAAUUGGAACUGGGUCGAGAAGCUGAAAAGUGUAGGCACCGACUGGUUGGUUGCAUGAUUGUUAGGCCACCCCAGAUAACCCAUCAAGGUAGUGGUAGAUAUCCAAUGCCCACUGACCGGGACUAGGCAGAUAGCUACUACAAUCAUGAGAGCGAUUCUCGGGGAAAUAUCCUCUUGAAGACCACG